GAGCGCUAGGACCCGGCUGGCUCUGCCCGCCGGAGGAGGAGCCGGGGCGCGGCGAGGAAGGAGCCCAGUGGCUGAGCUCUCCAGGCAGAGACUGGGGGGACGUACUCAGACAUACACACGCACCGAGCCAGGACAAAGCGGGGAGCUGGCUGUGCGGCUGGGGCGCACGGAUCCCCGCGGGGCUGCUGGCCCAGAGGCGAGGCGGCUCUGGCUGCUCGGGGACCGUCCCUCCAGGGGCCGGGGGACGCCGCGAUGGAGCGGAGAGGUGGCGGCGGCGGCCAGGCUGCGCGGCGGCUGCUGUCCGGGGACAAGCGAGGACCCCGCCCGGCGCCGGCAGCUGUAGCAGCCCGGGGCGCUCGCCGCGCCUGAGCUGCCCCCUCUAUCCCCAGCCCGCCCCGCACUCCGGACCCGACCCGGCGGUAGCCCCUGCCCGGGGCCAUGAGGACCAGACCCCCCUAGCGGAAGCCAGGCGAGCGGCGGAGGGGGGAUGUCCCAGCCCCACCCCCCCCGCGAAGUCAGGCGAGGCGGAGACCGAGCCCCGUCCGGGGGCCCCCCAGGGGCACAGGGAGCGAGCCUCGCCCGGGCACGCAGGGGCGACGGUCGGCGGGCGAGAAGAAGGGAAGGUGAACGUGUGUGAGGGAGCUGGGGGCUCGCCCCAGCCCCCACCCAGUGCGACAAUGAGUGCUGGCUCGAUCGAGCAGGAGCCGUCGCGCAAGCUGGCCUGCUGCGGGGUGCCCCUGAUCACCGAGGACAUGCAGUCGCUGGCCAUCCGCACCCUCUCCGGCACCGACAUCAAUAAGCACUAUGACCUCAUCCGCGAGCUCGGCAAGGGCACCUACGGCAAGGUGGACCUGGUGUCCCACAAAAGCACAGGCACCAAAAUGGCAUUGAAGUUCGUGAACAAGAGCAAGACGAAGCUGAAGAACUUCUUGCGGGAGUUCAGCAUCACCAACACGCUCUCCUCCAGCCCCUUCGUCAUCAAGGUCUUUGACGUGGUCUUUGAGACUGAGGAUUGCUACGUCUUCGCUCAGGAGUACGCGCCUGGCGGGGACCUCUUUGACAUCAUCCCGCCACAGGUGGGCCUCCCCGAGGACAUGGUGAAGCGCUGUGUGCAGCAGCUGGGCCUGGCCCUGGACUACAUGCAUAGCAAGAACUUGGUGCACCGGGACAUCAAGCCGGAGAACGUGCUGCUCUUUGACCGUGACUGCCGCCGGGUGAAGCUGGCCGACUUCGGCAUGACCCGCAAGGUGGGCUGCCGGGUGAAGCGCAUCAGCGGCACCAUACCCUACACGGCGCCCGAGGUGUGCCAGGCCGGCCGGGCCGAAGGCUUUGCCGUGGACACCAGCAUCGAUGUGUGGGCCUUCGGGGUGCUCAUCUUCUGCGUCCUGACCGGCAACUUCCCCUGGGAGGCAGCCUCUGCCUCAGACACCUUCUUUGAGGAGUUUGUGCGGUGGCAGAAGGGGCGCCUGGCAGGUCUGCCAUCCCAGUGGCGGCGCUUCACAGACAACGCCCUGCGCAUGUUCCAGCGUCUCCUGGCCCUGGACCCCGAGAAGCGCUGCCCCGUCAAGGAGGUCUUCUACUUCAUCAAGUAUGACCUGAUGUCAGAGGUGCGCCGCCGGCCCUCCUACCGCUCCCGCAAGCAUGCCGGAGAUAAGCUCUCCGCUGGCCCCCACCGCCAUGAGACGCCCAGCUCCUGCACCCCUACCCCGCUCAAGAGAACCAUCCUGACGGAAGGCAGUGGCCCCCGGCUCUCUGCCUCCGAGCCAGGCCUGCCCUCCCCUGGGGGAGCUAGCCGGACGGACGGGCGGCAGGACAAAGGCAAAGGGCAGAUGGUCCUGGCCACAGCAAUAGAGAUUUGUGUCUGAUGAGGGCUCAGUGGGAAUGAGGGGACAGCUGGUCCUCGCAACACCGCUCUGCUCCGUACAGCCUGCAACGAUGAUGUCAGCACCCCCGCCUCCCCGCCCCACUGGUGAAUGGGGGUCAAGGGGGGAUGGGGAUUCCUUUUUGUGUGAAAAGGGACCAGGAGCCGUGUCUCCCGAAGCAAAAAAUACUCACACUGCUAGUACUCACUGAUACUGAGGAUGCGACGUACAGCUAAACCCUGGAGGAAAGGCCAGAGUGCAGACACAGCCAGGCAGAAAGGCCCCGGCUUGGUGGCCGGGAAGGACCAUGUGUGUCAUGGCGGCCCCUCCCCAUCACGUCUUCCAUGAUUGGGUUGGAGGCUGCUUCCCCUGGCACUCUGCACUGUGCCCCUGCUUUGUCAGUGGGGCCUGGGAGGAGCGCUGAGGCUCUUCCCAUUGUUGGGGGUGGGCUGGGACUUUCACAGGGAUGAGAGCAGGAAGCCACAGGAGGGAGGGAAUCGGCACUGAGUCUUGGACACACGGAUGGGUGACCAUCUUGCGGGCAGCAGGGGCUCAGCAGGGAUGUCACAGCCAUUGGGUGUGUGGGGGUGGGGUGGGGGGUAGGAUGGGGUGGGGCUGCCAGUGAUGGGUGGUUUGUAGUUAAUAAGCAACAAGGGUGGCCAUCUUGCGGGCAGCAGGUGUGGGGCUCUGGGGUCAUCGGGGGCCCCUAUCACUGUCAAGGCUUGAUAUGCAAACUGGUGCAUUGUUCCCUGGGGCAGGGUGGGCGCUGGGGCUCGGGAUCUUGCUACAGGAUCCCUGCGAGAGAGCAUGGGGCCAGCACCAUCCCAGCGGGCACUGCAGCAGCAUUGCUCUCCAGCACUGCCCGCUGUCACUCUUUUGUUCGCUCUUUGUGUCCGUGCUCAGGCCCGGCGACUCUCCUGUGAUUUCCCUGGAGGGGGGGCUGGCGGGGCGGACUCCUGAGGUUUGGGUGGAAGGCUCAUGAGCCCAGUCCAUGGAGGAGGCCUUUGGAGAGAUUGGGGGGGGGCAGCGUGCACCAGCCUGUUUAAUACCAAGCAGGCUAUGGUUUGCCCCUUUUGCCCCAUCCCCCACUGCCAUCCUGCUUGGAGGACGGUCUGUGAUGGGGAGCAGGAGAUAAAGCGAAAGCCAGUAAGCCUGGUUGAGCCACUGGUCUGUCUGUAAAGGGGGUUUCCUCAGGGCCAGUUCUCUGACAGCCUGAGCCCAGCCAUGUCCAGGGCACGUCCCCCAGGGGUGGGGACUCGGGCAGCCCCAGCUCCUGCUGCUCCCCUCCUUGCUGAGGGAUCCUGAGGGCACUUCUCUCUGUACCAGUGGGGGAAGCAAGCGCUAAAUGUAGCAAAUGUCAGUGUGUUCCAUGUGUCAGUGUGUGUGUCGAGCCGACUGGGCCCGGCUGUUGUCACCAUCACCCUUCCCAAGGAACAGCCUCUCCCUGUCCCUGGCCCCAGCGGGCCAGCUGGGCACUGGGACCCAUUUGGGGAGCAAGAGGGCAUAGCACAUGAUGCCUUGUGAGGAGCAGAGACUUAACCCAUUUGGUCUUAACUGGAAGGACAUGGGCAGCAGGAGAGCCGCCGUCAGGCUCCGGAUCCCCUGCUCCGUGGGGUUUUUGGUGGCUGCAUUGGUUAGGCUCUCAUCAGCAUGCAGUGCUAGGCCAUAUGGGGCUGGGGCUUGGAUGGCAGGCAGGGGCCUGGGAAGGGGUGCUCACAGAUACCCCUGAUGGGCUUGGCCUGGCACCUGCUUCCUGGGCUGGAUGGCUCUUGCUUGCGUCUGCCUCUGGGGAGGAGGUGCACACCAGUGGAAGGCGCAGGGGACAGGUGAAGCCAGCCCGAAACAGAGUCAGCUGGUGGGGUUGCCCAAGGCAAACCAGUAGGCAUUGGCAUGGGGGUUGGCACAGCACCCACCCCCUAGAUGGAUGCGUUGGAGCCAACCCCCGAAGUGGUGGCCAGAAGGGAAAGCUAUUAACUGCCCCCAAAGUCUGGCCAGUUUCCAUGACAAGCUGGAGGCAGCAGGGGGUGCUGGAGAGAAGAGACGGAAGGCGGUGGCGCUGUCAGGGCAGGCGAGAGCCCUGUGUCCAGGGUGUUCUGGAUGACUCACCAUGCACUGCAGCCAUACUGCACUAAGAGCGGCGUGAAGGGCUGGGUGGGGCUGCAGGGAGGCAAUGUCCUUGGUAUACCAGGCGCUGCUGCAGCAUGGACCCCUGGGGAGAUGGGCUUUGCCGCUGAGCUGCCCUGGCCUCUAGAAUGCAUCCACUUAGACCCAGUCCAAUCCAAGCUGCCGGCCAGCUCCCAGCCCUAACCCUCUGUGUCCCACCAGUGCCACGGUGAGCCCUGUUCAGCCACUGUCACACCCUGUGCAGCUAGCUCUCCCCUAGCCAGGGCUCUGCUGGGAGCCCACUCACUGCCAUCAGAUGCCCAUGGCAAGGCUGUUUGAUGGAGGCACAGACACCUCUAGGGCAGUAGCUUCAGUGGCUUGGGAACAGGCAGGUGGAAAUUACCCCCCACCACACACACCCCCUGACAUGGUUGCCUCUUAAUGUGAGCCUUCCACAGCCAUGGGCUGAGUGGGGCAGGCGGCUGUGUUUCCCUGGCAUGCUGGAGCCCACUAGCACCCCACCCCCCAAAGCCUGUAUAUAGCCCAGUGAUGGCAGCUGGGCUUCAUCUCCCAGCUGUGCUCAGCUGUUCGCUAGCUGUGGUAUCAACCCCCCCCCCACCCCCACACACACACAUACCUGCAUUACUGGGCUGUGUUGUGGCAGGAGCAGGAGGCUGACUGGCAUCUGCUGACUCAGCUGGUCCCAGCUCGGUCACUGGCAGGCACGGUUCGCAAACCCCCGUGUGGCCCA